AUGUUGAAAGAUGGUGCGAUGCUGGCCUUGGCUUUGUGCUGCAUAGUGAUCCUUCGUCACGGGAACGUAUGUCUUCCACCGUGCUUGGGUCGCUGGCGCUUUGAGUCCCUGGAAGACCUGACAGCUCAUUUUGAGUUGUUGUGUUCAGACCCAAGGGACCUGGCUGUAGCAAUCGCCAUAUAUGGCAUGCUGACAGAGGCCCGCCCGAGUCGCAUGCGGUGGGAGCUGCUGUUUGAGCAGCGGCAUGUGAUAGGAGCAUGCUUCCUGCUGCUGAAACAAGGCAGCACAUAUCCUUUUUGCUUGGAGCCGAACUACAAGGUCUUUAUAAACCGCUGCUUCUUGAUGUUGGAGCGCCGCUUUGGGCGAUUGGCUAUGUGGGCUCAAGAGGACCUGACGACAAGACGGCUCUGGUUUCCUGACGUGGAUGCCAUUCUGGAUGCAAGUGACAAAGUACUUGUGCGUGGGAGUGCGGAUCAUAUUUUCUACGCGGAGCUGGUCACGUCCUUGCUCGCCGUCGAACAGGAGGAAGAAAGCAAGGCCCGAGUCGGUCAUGCUGCAAUCUUUGCUUUCCGCGUGUUUCUGCUGUCCAUGCAGCUGUGCACCGUGAGAGUUUGUACGGCUCAGCAGCGUGUUAGUGCAGAUCUCCCAGAGAUGGACGUAGCCAUGCAGGCCCCAGCCAUGCAGAUGCUAGUUUUGAUUGUGGCUGCUGCAUUGCAGCACUCGGAGACAAACGAGCAUGUGCAGGUUUUUGCGCAAAAGCUCGAUCAAGUGAUUCCGGCUUUGUAUCACUUGCAUUUUCUCGUCACAAAAGACAGAAAGGAGUUGCUGCAAAAUCUGCGUCUGCUGUGCUGCGUUUUGACGUCCGCAGUCGUCUCACAAGGGCGACAAAGUGGGGCCGCUGCCCGGUUCACAACGAGCCUCGUGUUCCUGUUGCGCACACGACAGGGCCAACCCGUCCCUGGUGCUGUAGUGCAGGGUGACCUCUUGGUCCGGGGCCCACAGGCCUCGAGCGAGAUGACAGUGCUUUUGGCGGAGGCCGAGCGUAUCAAUGCCAGCGUGGUGCUGGGAGACCGGGAUGUGGACCUGACCCUGAAGCGGGCACAGAGGUCCGUAACGCUCACCUCAGCGGUCAGCCAAGUGGCGUACGUCGCGGGGCUGGUGGUGAUGGCACCUGCCUGGGGCGAGAUCCUUCGUGCCUCCUUUCAGAAGAGCUUGGACCAGGAUCGAGAGCUUCGAAGCAUCCGCCAGGAGCUCAUGCCAAAGGCUUCGGAAGAUCUCCUACUGCGCGCAGACAGCUUGGGCUGGCAGCUUCAUCAGGAUGUGCACCGCUACAGCGUGGUGGAGCUGAUCUCUUGGUUCUCUACAUGGAGGAGCGUCUCUCGUGAGGAUCUGGAGAUGAUGCUGCAGGCCGUCCACUCGGCUGCCGCCGGAUUUUGGUGGCCUGGGCGUCCCCGCAAGGUGUACAUCGAGGAGAGGGACGUCGUUCUCGCAGAGGCCCUGAAGCGCUUACCUGGUGAGGUGGCCGUAGGGAUCGUGGGCCUUGCCCACCUUCCUGGCAUUCGAAGGAACUGGACAAGGAACACGUCAGAAGACCUUCAGAAGGCCUUUGCCGUUCCUUCCCGGUGGCUGCUCCCACAAGCAGUCAGCUUCGGGCUUCUCGCAGGUCUUCCCUACUUCAUCCGCACUCGUGGCCUUCCCUAUCGCCGAUCGCUCUGUGGCCUCAGUGUAGUCCUUUCAACUUCGGUUUUGGGCAGCAGCGGAUGGUACAGCUUCUUCAGCUGA